AUGUGUUUAGAAACGGGAGAUGAAGGUGUCUUCAUAGCUCAACCUAGACUUGCAAGUGCGUUGAGGGUGAAUUCGAUAUUCUUCUUAGCUGCUGCUCCUCACCUUUAUCGUUCCCCAAUCGUAUACAAUAUCGAUUCCUUCUUUCUUGGUGCGAACAGCCCCGCUCCUAUCAAGACCGAGAAGAUCACGUUCAAGCAAUCCUGUUUCUCUGUCUCAUCAGUCACGGAUGAUGUGGAUAACAUCAAAGCUGGAAAUACGAAAUUACCAUUACUAAGACAUGUUAGACGACUUAACAUUAUUCCUAGAUUGGGAGUUUCAAUGGGUCCCAGAGACGACGAAUGGCCUAAUGCAGAAGUUGAUAAUCCAACAGAAACCAAAAAACGAAUGCAAGUAGCUGGAAACUUGAUAUAUGGAAAAAUUAAGGAGCAAGAUAGAUAUAUGGAUUCGGCAACACGUAUAUUAUCUUCUAUCCCAUUAGAUCUCAUCAUUACCCCUCAACUUGAUUCAUUGACGUUGGGAACAUGUAUAUUCGCAGAUAACAUCGGAUCUUAUCAUGUACCAAAAAAGAUUUGUGAAUAUAAUUUGGAUAGUAGAUCUGAAGUUAGAGCUAUGGAUAUAGAAGAUGGUAUAUUACCCAAACUGAUCAUUGUACAUAAUGAACCUCAUGAUAAGAAAGGGUUUCCAGUUUAUUGGGGUACGAGAAAUAGGAUCAUGGUCAGAAGUUUUGAAGAUGCUAAUCCCGAUGAUGAUCCAAGGGAGAAAAGUCUCUCAAGCCAAGGACACAUUGAGGAACCUGAGGAUGCAAUACUUCGAGGAAUCAUGUUUGGUGAAAUUAGUGUGCAAUCCACUUACCCAGCAUGGUUGACUCUGAAAACUCCAAUCAAAGCCAAAGUCGAUAAAGCCACGAUCGUUAUAUGGGUUAGCAAAGAUUCUGAGAGUGAUCCUGAAGAAGAAAGUCAUGCUGAAUCAGAUCAAGAAGACAGCUCAUCUGUCGCUUCUUGGUCGACCGUGGAAUGUCAACAUAAGAAAGAGCAAAGGCAGAAAAAAGCUUUAGAGAAAAUUGAGAGAAUUGUUAUGGAUGAAAUGACAAAAGGUUAUAAUACCCAAGGUUGGAGAGGAAGGAGAGCUCCCACAUUGAAGCUCUAUCUGGCGAAUGGAAAUACCGAAGUGCGAAGCUUGUGGUCGAGGAGAAGGAGAUCAAUGGGUUUGGAAUCCUAUUCCAGAGCAAGAUAA